AUGGAUACGAUGGAUAACCGGCGAACAUUUGAUUUGGUCGAUUCGAUCGUAUUCAUCGGGUUGCUGGGCGUCUCUGCCCUCGUAGGCGUUUAUCAGUGGUAUGCAUCCAGGAAAAAGGCAGACGCUGUGGGAGAAUAUCUUGUAGGUGGCCAAAAGAUGUCUAUAUUUCCGAUAAGCAUGUCACUGAUAGCAAGCUACGUGUCGGGCAUAGCAAUGUUGGGAUUGCCGGCCGAAAUGUACGUUUACGGUACGCAAUUAUGGUGUGUUGUGAUCGCGGAUAGUUUUGUAUCCAUUACAAUGGCGAUCGUGUACCUGCCGGUUUUCUACGGACUCCGAAUUACGUCUUCUUAUGAGUAUUUAGAGUUAAGAUUCAAUCGAGUGGUCAGACUUAUGGGAUCUUUUAUCUUCAUCAUCAAAAUGCUGCUUUACAUACCGCUGGUGAUAUACGUGCCGGCGCUAGCCUUCAAUCAGGCGACCGGAAUAGAUCUCUAUACGAUCGCGUUACUAGUCUGUGCCGUGUGUAUCUUCUACACGACUUUGGGUGGCUUGAAGGCGGUCGUCUGGACGGACACUAUUCAGACGGUGAUGAUGUUCGGUGCCGUCAUCACCGUUGUUAUACUUGGCACCGCCAGAGCCGGUGGUGUAGCGGAGGUGUGGAAAAGGAAUAUCGACUCCGGGAGGAUUGAGUUCUUCAACAUGAAUCUGGAUCCUACGGUAAGGCACACUUUCUGGGGCGUGGUGGUUGGCAAUUAUUUGAAUUGGCUGGCCACAUGCUCGGUGAACCAAGCAAUGGUGCAGCGAUGCCUAGCGAUGCCAAACUUGAAGAAAUCCAAUGUGGCGAUUAUGAUAAUGGCCGUAGGCAUAAUCAGCAUUGUCUCGUUAUGUUGCUAUACGGGAAUCGUCAUUUACGCGGCUUUUUAUGACUGCGACCCGGUUACGACAAAGCAAAUACGAAAGCCUGAUCAGCUGUUACCAUAUUUUGUGAUGGAAUUAUCAGAGGCAAUACCAGGUUUACCGGGAUUAUUUGUUUCUGGUGUAUUCAGCGCGGCAUUGAGCACAAUGUCGACGGGAUUAAAUUCCAUGUCUGGCGUAAUCUAUGAAGACAUGAUCAAGCCGUGUCUCCGUAAGCCAAUCUCUAACGUUGGCGCGAGUCGUAUAAUGAAAGCUAUAGUUGUAAUAACAGGAGCCAUUUGCGUGGGUCUCGUAUUCAUGGUGGAAAAACUGAGUGGUUUGAUUCAGGCUGGUAAAAGCUUAUCAGGAAUAACCGCCGGGCCCUUACUUGGAAUGUUCACGUUGGGCAUGCUGUUCCCAAUGGCCAACUCUAUGGGAGCACUCGUCGGUGCAGUGGUUAGUCUGAACUUAGUCGCUUGGAUCUCGUUCGGCACGCAAGCAGCGAUCUCUAACGGAUCCAUUUAUUUCGCGGUAAAACCGGUAUCGGUAGAUGGAUGCACCGAAUCGUUGAGGAGCACCGCUGGAAACCUCACGACAAUCGUUGAGACCGCUGUCAGGGAACAGCCUUUCUUCUUGUACAGAAUGUCUUAUCUCUGGUACACGUGGGUGGGUUUUCUAAUUACAAUUCUAGUGGGCCUGCUGGUCUCGUGGUUUACUGGCCCAUCUAAGUACAGUCGUGCGGAUAAGAGAUUAUUUACACCCAUUAUACACGGUUUUCUACGUUCGAGAGAUCCUCAAAAAAAUGAGGCUGAGCUCAAAAUGACAAACGAUGUGAACGAUAUAACGAUGCAAACUUCUUCAAAAUGUUAGCCAUUAUUCCUAUUUUCAUUCAAAUGCAGUUGAGCUAGGCAAAAUGUAUACAAUUGUACAUGUCAAAUUUGUAUUCAUGUAUUCGACUUAGUCCCAAUAUCUCAUAAAAU